GGAUAGCAAUGCAAACGAACAAAAAGACGUUGGAGUAUCUCAAGCUUUGGUGAAAAAUAGAUAUUACCAUUUUGUUUGGAUUCUUCUGAGUGACUGCGGUGCUCACUGAAGUACCACCAUCGGUCAAUAUUGGAUUGUUUUUUCAACGACUUUGCGCAAAGCUUCUUGAUGUGGGCAGUCACUGAGCGUGAGCAAAUAAAAAUAAAUGGGGACGAACUGACAAGUUUUUUUUCCUAAUAUAUCUAUGGUUGACUCGCUAAAAGCAGGUUCGCGCUAAAAGUCUCUCUUAUCGACAUUCUCCUAAUAUCCAAACUAAAACUACUUUAGGAGAAGGAGGUCUCUGAGAGAACCAAGCGCAGUCAAAUGCAACAGCAUUGUCUGUCCCCAAGUUUGUCAUUAAUACUUUUUAAAAGUUCAGUAGAUACAAAAGUGAUCACGAUGAUGUCCUCUCGAUAUUUGAGUGCAGUCGUGCUCACGGCUUUGCUGUCGUUGAAUGGUGUGGAUCACAUUAGUGGUGCAAGUGGCCUCGAUCAGGUAGAGGAGCUCCUUGCCUCGGAGUUGCAGGCGACGUACCAACUAGCGGGUGGAGGCGAUUUACUGCACAUCCAAGACAUUAGGGCUGAAGCAGCUUGGAAACAGCGCAUGGCGUUGCUACUCGCACAUCCAGAGCGCUUCUCAUACACGUACCAAAAUUGUGUCGAUCUGCUGCGGGCUGCGGAGUUCACACAAUACUUAUGACCAGUGCGCUGUACCUCCUUCUGUGUCUAUUACCAGCAUUAGUAACCAUUUGUAAUCGUAACUAAGUAGGAAUUCAUUUGCAGUCUUCAUUUUUAGCUUCACAUGAUGAAGAUGAAUAUUCAGACGACGUAGUCUUCUAAGCUCAAGCACUCCGACGGCAUGGAGUGAAACAACGUUUGUGCGGUUUUACACCACCUGCGUCGAUGAGCUGCGUCUCGGUAGGCUCCACCGGACCGGAGGCACAGAGAAAAAGACAGUGGUAUCAAGUUACUCUUUUAUCCUUCUGUCGAGUCUUUUUCUUUUAUUUCCAUACUGCAAGCUGUACCUGCGGCUCUUUGUUUUCUGUAGAUUUAUCGCAUGCUCAACAACAACAUCUGAUUUUUAUCUACCAUGCAUUUAUCUCGAAGGAAUGUCAGGUUAACGGCAUCCAUUUUCCGACGAUUCUUACAACGGGACAUCACAUGCCACCAGUUUCAGGCACGUUUCAGGAACGUUGCUGGCCAUCUUCAGAAACAGCGACGCUUACGCCAGAGAUCUGUUGCCGGGAAGGUGCAACCUGCUUCGACGAUUUCUAUACCUACGAAGCCUGUUGUUUGGGACAGAUUCGGCUUAUGAAUGGACGUUUAUUGACUUAGUACAAGAAGGGGUUACUAGUUUAUCUAAAGAUUGAUAUUCUAGAAGUACUACUGGGAAUUCAAAAGCCAGGAGAUACAUGAUGAUGAUAUACUAUUUCACCAAGUUCUAAUCCUAGGCUCAUCCCUUCAUGCAAACUAUUUCACCAAGUUCUUGCAUUAGUCAGAGCUGUAAAGAUUAUUUGCCUCGUUCCAGUCCCGGUCCUUUCCCUUCAUUUGCUGCGAUGUUUCGCACGCUUUUCUGGCACCGGCGAACGACAUGAAUGUGGGAAAUGCUGUACGCCACUGGGGCACGUUCGAUAUGGCGCAAAGCUACGGUAUGCAAAGUCUGGUUGAGCAAGGAGACCUGGUUAUCGAUGUUGGUGCGAACAUUGGUGGCUUCACAGUGCCGCUGGCCGAACGCGUCGGUGAGAACGGAAAAGUGCUGUCCUUCGAGCCAUUUCGCGUUCUCUUUCAGCAGCUAACCGCGAACGUGGCGAUCAACGGCUUGGCGAACGUUUUCACAUUUCAUUAUGAGCAUAGAGAAGUUGGCUGUUCGAGUGAUCAAUUGUAAUGGAUUGAGGAAAGUUGAAGUUCUAUCAUCUAUAAUCUAUACAUAGGUAUCUAUAUGUACAUUUACAUAGAGUUGUCUUGCAAUUAUGACUAAUCACAUUCAUUGUUGUAGCACCUCAUUUGUCUCCGCCCAGCCAGUUGGUCAGGGUGUCUUAAGCUUCCUUCUCUAAAAACUAGAGGCGGUUGGAAGCAAAGCCGAGCGAGUUUCUUUGUAUCAGCCAGAUCUGCGGAAGCAGUUGACUGUUCCCUCAGCCAUGAGAGUGUCGGAGCAGUACGAAGGAGUGGCAGCCAAGGAGCAAAGCAUAGUAUAUGACAGCAAGAAAGAGACCGUUGAUGUGAGGACACUCGACCAAAUUCUUGACGGAUUGAGGGAGAAAGGUACUGCUUCUACAUAUUAACAGACGAUGGAACUGUUCUCCGACACGCACACCUAAAAAAGGUCCUUAAGCUCUACUUCGGUCAGUUGGACCGCGACAUCUACAUCUUCCACCCUCAGGUAUCCUCGAUCCUACCGAACGGGUAAAGUUUUUGAAAAUUGAUGUCGAGUUCAUGGAGCUCGAGGUUGUCAAGGGGGCUACGAAAGUGCUUCAAGUUGAUCGGCCGCGCAUGUGGGUGGAAAAUGAGAGUUUUUUCGACACGCCUUCAAAUCGAACGUUCGUCGACUUUCUCAAGUCAGAGCACCGCUACGACUGCAAACCCGUGACGCAUUUGGAGCUUUUUUGUCAUCCUGAAGAAACCCCUGGUUUGGGACCUGUGUUCGGAAAUCUGAUGCGGGAGGUGAACCGAGUGACCAGCCCGCAUGAUCGCGGUUGGGCUUUUUCUUACGAUGCGAGGAAGGAACUGGAACAGUAUCAGUUGUAGGUACUUAUUUAGAAAAAUGUAGCAUAGGUGUGGCUGUAACUUAUGUAUUUGGUCCUAGAGUUUGUAAUAUAUUUUGGUUGAUAUGGAGGAGAGAUUUGUUGUAUUGGAUUACGAAAGCUGAACAUCAACAUACAACUGAAUCAGUAGAGAAACAGAGAAAAAAGUCUUGGUAUCAUGGUAAAUUUUCUCUAACUCGUAUUGGGCCGAAAUUUUGCGGCUGAGCAACAAGUUGCAUCUCGAUGA